GUAAGUAUUCUUCUCAAGCGUAAUUGGCUGGUCUUGAUAAGUUUUCUUGUCCCUUUUAGGCGUAAUUGGCGUGAAAAAUCAUCAAAUUUUGAGGUUGUCAAUUCUGGGGAGUUUGGGGUUGUGCUUCCAAAGAAUUGUGAGUGUGUAGGUCCUUCUCCGGGUUGUUGUGCUUUGAAAUUUGAUAAUCUUGAGGAUGAAUUUAUAAAGGAUGAUGCUAGAGGCCUUGAAAUUCCAUAG